AGGGCAUUCUGGAGAUCUACUCAACAUGUCGUCCAUGCAACAGCGCAAAGCCGAGAUUCUCGCCAAAAGAGCCAAACUCGCCGAAUUGAAGCGCCAAAGGGAAUUGCGGCAGCAGGAGUUUAGCCUGAGCAGGGCUAACAGCGGAGAGGCUUCAGAGGUUGUAUCGCCCGUACCAAGCCGCUCAGACAGCAGAGCAGAGCUCGAUGACUUGAUCGCCCGUCUCGUCGACCGCCCCGAUGGAACAGAUGGCACGUCGCGGAAAGACAGCAGACCGAAUUCGGUGCUGAGCGCCAGCCAGCUAAGCGGAGAGAACACAGAGUCUUUUGCCCCGUCCACGCGACCGACUUCUACAUCAAUUGCCGUUCAAACAGUUUCCGCGGAGGCUUCUGUGGCUGCCCCUGAAUUACCACCGGCUCCCACACCCAGACCAGAAGUCGUCACUUACAGCAAAGGCAUACAAACAGACGAUCUGGCAGGACCACAAUCGGAUUCUGAAAGCGAGGUGGAAUCGGAGAGCGGUGAUCCUCGGGAUCCUACGCAGCCCAAGCGCCGGAGUAAGAAAGAUCGUCUGCGCGAUGAGGAAAUCCGGAAGAAGCUUCGCGAGGAAAUCGAGGAGGAAAUACAGGCUACUCAGGCAUUGGCGGAUGAGGACGCCGCUAAUCAGUCGUCGCAACUACGAUACCCCCUACGUACUCUGGAGGAGGAUGAACUAAAGGCGGUUACCUCUUCUGAAGACUUCUUGGACUUUGUGGACCGGUCAGCAAAGGUUAUUGAGCGUGCACUUGACGAAGAAUAUGAUGUUUUGGCGGACUAUGAAUUACGAGGAAUCGAUGGUGACAUGGAGGAAGAUGAAGAGCACGGAAAGAGGAGAGGAAUCAAGGAGGUUUGCCAGUUCUGGGAUGAGCGGUGGAGCAAGAAGCGUAUGAUUAGCGACUUGAGCUUCUCUCCAAAGUUCCCCGAACUGGUUCUGGCCUCUUACACCAAGAACCCUUCGGCCCCUCACGAGCCAGACGGUCUCGUCCAAAUAUGGAACCAACACUUGCACUCCCGACCGGAAUACGUGUUUCACUCGACAUCAGACAUCUUGACGGCCAAGUUCUCUCCGUUUCACCCUAACCUUAUUGUUGGCGGAUCUUAUUCCGGCCAGGUCUUGCUAUGGGAUACUCGUUCGUCGCGCGCAGGCGGGGGUGCGCCUGUACAGAAGACGCCGCUCACCGGCUCCGGACACGCCCACCCAGUUUACAGCAUCUCGAUCGUUGGUACACAAAAUGCUCACAACAUUCUGACUGCAUCGACCGAUGGAGUUGUCUGCGGAUGGACAGUCGACAUGCUCUCCCAACCGCAGGAAUACCUCGAACUAACGUCCAUCCCGCCAUCCAAAACCGAAGAUAUCGCACCUACUACCAUGUCCUUCCCGCAAUCCGACCCAACCUUCUUCAUUGUAGGUACGGAAGACGGAGGAAUCUAUCCAUGCCACCGCUACGACCGAGCCGGCGCAAAGGCAGGUACGGACCGUCGUCUAGCGUACCGCGGUCACACAGCACCCAUCAUGUCGACAGCAUUCCACCCAGCCCGGGGUCCAGUUGAUCUCGGUGAUCUGAUGCUGAGUUCGAGUCUGGACUGGAGUGUCAGGUUGUGGCGCGUGCGCCCACCAGCAACCACCGCAUCUGCUACAUCCAUCGCCGCAGCCACCCAAGUGGUAUCUCCCAUCCUAGACAUCAACCGUGAAGAUAUUGUCUACGAUGCCAAGUGGUCGCCCCACCGCCCCGGUGUCUUCUCCCUCGUCGAUGGUGCUGGCCACCUCGAAGUUUGGGAUCUCUACACAGACACCGAAGUCCCCGUUGUGCGGGCUACGCCGUCCACUGGUCGCGCCGGCAUCAUCACCCGCAGUUUGAACAAGGUUGCUUGGGAAGAGCGUGAGGGACGACGUCUGGCAACAGGUGGGCUCGAUGGUGUGGUUACCGUCUUUGAAGUCGGGAAGGGACUCAGCGGUACGCCGGAGGAUGUAUCUUCUGAGGAGUGGACUGGGAUGAAGCGGUUGGUUGGGAAGUUGGAGCAGAAGGAUAAAGUGGGUUGAAUUGCGUGCAUAUCAUUUUUGUGGCAUAUAUCCUCGUUGACUGUACAUGUCAUUCACGUAAUGUUUUUACCAUCAUUAUUAUUAGCUUAGCAUAUACCCCUUGGUCAUGUACUUCUAUCCAUCUUAUUAUACAUUUGAAGACCAUACUCCGUAACUCUGUUUCGAUGGAGACAUGGUUCC